AUGGAGGUGCAGGUGCCAGGGGCAAAUAGCUCGUGGGGUCAGGGUUGGGUGUGGAUGUGUGUAGGAAGAAGGGAAGACGAUAAGGUGCAGAAAGCCAAAACUAUGGAGCUUGUUGUGCAGCUUGGCCUCGGUCUUCUACUUGUUGCGGGACACUGCAUCCCUGCAACAGCUGCUCCUAGUUCUGCAUGUCAAAUGCAGUGUGGCGAUGUUAAGAUACUGUACCCAUUUGGCAUCGGCAAGAACUGCUCCGUGUCAGGAGAAUUCGAUGUCACCUGUCAGCCAGACAAAAAUGGCAUCUCCAAACCAUUCAUCGGUGGCCAUGAGCUCCUGGACAUUUCCUUAACCAACAGCACCAUUCGCGUGCUCAACCCCAUCACGACCUACUGCUACAACGACACUUGGCACAUGAACUCCUCCAUGGUGGUAGAACAGCAGAAUGAUAGUAGUGGUGGCUAUACAUUGGUGGCGACAUUGUUAGAAACUACCCCCCUUUCCGGUUCUCAGACACUCGCAACAAGUUCACUGUCAUCGGGUGCCUCACUGUUGGCCUCAUUGUAA